GCUGCUGUGUCUUGUAUCAUGCUAUAUUUAAGUUCUUCGGUAGACAACACAAUGUGUUAACCCGAAAACUUUUUGCAGAAAAUGAGAAUUUUCUUCAAAUGUGCCUGUAGAACUUUAAUAAAGAUACACUUAUCAGAGAAAAGAUUUGUCUCUAGAUGCAGAGAGAAGCUAGCAGAGAACAUAAAUCAGAACUUCGGUGUAGUUGAAGGUGUGAACAUUACUAGUAAUCACACUUCUGUCACAUUUUUAAACCUAGAAUUACUCACAUUUCAUUUUGAAACACAUGAGUAAACCUUUAAUUGCCAUUUGUAUGUUUGGAGGAAAACCAUGCUACUAUUCUUUCUCAUUGAGUCUCUGUUAGAGGUUAUUGUAGAGCAUAUGGAUUUUGAUUAACAAAACCAGGGGAUGUAUGCAAGUUUGUUGCCAAUAUAAAGCAGCAAUUGGAUUCUCACUUCAUCAGUAUAAUGGUAACAAUUUUUCAAAUACAGUGACAUUUCUUUUUUUCAGGCAUGUCAUUGCUCAGAGUGGAAUUGCAGUCAUAGAUUGCUCAUGGGCCAAAUUAGAAGAAACUCCCUUUAAGAGAAUGAGGGGGAGUCAUCCACGGUUGCUGCCUUACUUGGUGGCUGCAAAUCCUGUAAACUACGGUCGGCCAUGCAAGCUGUCCUGUGUGGAAGCUUUUGCUGCAGCGUUUUGCAUUGUUGGAUUCCCAGAUCUAGCCACCAUUCUUCUAAGGAAAUUUAAAUGGGGUAAGGCAUUUCUUGACCUGAACAAAAAUCUCUUGGAAAAAUAUGCAGCCUGUCAUUGCCAGGACGACAUGCUAAUCAUUGAGAAGGACUUCUUAGCUUGUGUCCAAGAAAAAAAAGAUGAAGAAAUAGAUCCAUUUGAUGUUGACCUAGAAAAAGAAUUUUCUAAUCCCAACAGGCCAGUCAAUUCCUCAGGUCUAGCAACAAGGAAAGAAGACUCUGAGGAGGACAGUGUAAGCAAUUCAGAUGAUGCCACUGAAAGCAGCGAAAGCAUUGAUGAGAGCAAUCCAGAAGAAAUAAAAAUCCCCAACAAUCCCAAAGAGUUGCAACAUCUUGUAUAAAGAAAUUUUUUUGUGACUACUUGAGUGUGUCUUGUUCACCUGUAACUUGAUGCUUGGCAAACCUCAGUCUCUAUGCAGGUUUGUAGGUAUUUUUAGGCAUGAGGUAUUUUUAGGCUCUAGGUUAUUAAAUUUUUAGGUAAGUAUGGAACAUUAAAUUAUUUUGUAAGGAGUUUGAAGCUUAGUUACAAGUUAAAAAAUAACCCAGUAUUCUAAUCGAUGUGUCUGGAAUGUGGUUUAUAAUAAACUCUAUUAUUAAACUAA